AAACUACACUUCCCUGCACUCGUCGUCUACAUGUAUCCUGGUUGCUAUGUCUAGAUACGUGUUACGCAAUAAUCAAAAGAUAGAGUCAAAUGGUGCACCGAAUUCCAUAUAAUUAUGGAGGAAAAUAAAGAUAUACGAGGGUUUAAAGGGUUUGCUGAAAGACUGACACUCGGUAUUACACGAGUCCUUGAAAGUCUUCCCGGGGUAUUGGAUGUGCGCUUUGUGGAGAGGGCGCCUGCUGAAAGACGCUGCCUUCUCUCCUGGGAGCAGAAAAAUUGCUGUGUUCUUCCUGAAGACCUUAGAGACUUUUAUCUCACUAUAGAUGGCUUCACACUGUCCUGGAGUUGCAAACUAGAAAAUGAACCAGUGACUCUGGGCUCCAUGGUGAUCAACAGUGUGGCUAAACUGUGCCCACUCUGCCAGUCCGCAGUGUUCUCCCUCCCCAGUGCUCCCACAUUAGCUGAUCUCGACAGCGAAGAGGAAACAGAGGGGCCAGAGGACACACCCAGGCUCCCCCGCUUUGACUCCAGCACCCGCAUUUUCGAGCUGGACCCUUGCAACGGCAAUGGGAAGGUCUGCUUGGUCUACCAAAAUUGCACCCCGGGUAUGCUGGCUAACCAUUGUGAGGUGUGGUUCCUGGACCGUGCAUUGUACUGGUAUUACCUGACGUCCUCCUUUAUGGCCUAUUACCGACUCAUGAUCAGCCAGUUAGGCUUGCCGGAGUGGCAGUACACGUUCACCCCAUAUGGACCAAGCCCACAGUCCAAGUGGACAUGUCUGUACCAGCCUCUCAUCUGGCAGGGUGAUGCUCAGAGCGAGAUGCCUGCAGAGCACAUCAUAAACAAUCUGGACCCCAGCAAAGUCUUCCAGGAAAAAGCAAAGCAGCCUCUGCUAAAGAAGAAGACCCCCACGCACACUGGGGGCACCAGCACAUCUAGCAGUACAGCCCACAAGGGCUCGGGGAAAUAUGGAGGCACCAAGCGGUGA